AUGGAUGGAAUAAUGAAACUUUUAUGCUCUGGUCUACAAUUUCUUUACAAAGUAUACUUUAAUUUAAAAUUAUACCUUCUUUUCAAUUACUUUAAUUGUAUAUUUCAGUGUGUGGCCUUUCAUGAUAUUAAUGCACAAGCACCUGUUCAUUUUUUAGUGAUUCCUAAGAAAGCUAUACCACAGUUAUCAAAAUGUGAAGAGGAAGAUGAACAGUUGAUAGGUCACAUGAUGUUGGUUGCUAAGAAAGUGGCAAAGGAGCAAAAUCUUAAUAAAGGUUUUCGUCUAGUUAUUAAUGAUGGUCCAGAAGGAUGUCAGUCUGUUUACCAUCUUCAUAUGCAUGUUCUUGGAGGUCGACAAAUGGGAUGGCCUCCUGGCUAAAGCCUGUAAAGUCAAAAAUUUUGUUUGUUUGUUAUUGCUAAUUAUAUUAUUUUUUGAUUAAAUUGAAACUCCUUAGAUAUAAGAAAAAUUACUUGAUUAAAAUUAUAAUAUCCCACAACAUAAUUCAAUGCAAAU